UUUUCCACUUUUCCUUGUGGAAUGUCUGUCAUGUUUUACUCCUAAACAUUCCCGCCAUUUCCGUAAAACUCACUAUAGUUCUCUGUCCAUCCAGUCAUCCAUGACUGCAAAUUUAGGGUUUGAUUAAUGUGACCCGCAGCAGGUCGUAUCGAAGGAAGAAGGGUGGAGAGAGAGAGAAUGGGGAUUCAUGGUCUUCUGCCGUUGCUGAAGUCAAUAAUGGUUCCAAUCCAUAUAAAGGACCUCAAAGGUUGCUAUGUCGCGGUCGAUACCUAUUCCUGGCUCCACAAGGGAGCAUUGUCUUGCAGCAAGGAGCUCUGCAAGGGCGAGCCGACUUCCAGGCAUAUUGACUAUUGCAUGCAUAGAGUAAAUCUGCUGUGGCAUUAUGGUGUUAAACCUAUUCUUGUCUUUGAUGGAGGAUUUCUUCCAAUGAAGAGUGAACAAGAGAACAAGCGUGCAAGGGCAAGGAAGGAAGCUCUUGAGCGAGCUAUUGAGCACGAGUCAUCUGGCAAUUCAGCUGCUGCUUAUGAAUGCUACCAGAAGGCUAUUGAUAUUUCACCUUCUAUUGCAUACGAACUAAUCCAGGUUUUAAAGCAGGAGAAUGUUGAUUAUAUUGUGGCUCCUUAUGAGGCUGAUGCUCAAAUGACCUUCUUGGCUCUUUGCAAGCGUGUUGAUGCAGUGAUUACUGAAGACUCAGACAUGAUACCAUUUGGGUGCCCUAGACAGAUUUUAUUCAAAAUGGACAAAUUCGGGCAAGGUGUUGAGUUUCAGUAUUCCAUGCUAGAACAGAAUAAGGAGUUGAAUUUUUCUGGAUUCAAUAAGCAGAUGGUUCUUGAAAUGUGCAUAUUAAGUGGUUGUGAUUACUUACAAUCUUUGCCGGGAAUGGGCCUGAAAAAGGCACAUGCUCUUAUUAGGAAGUUCAAAAGCUAUGAAAAGGUAAUUAAGCACUUGCGGUAUAAUACAGCUUCAGUUCCUCCUCUUUAUGAAGAAUUAGUCAAGAAAGCAAUAUUGACAUUUCAGCACCAACGGGUUUAUGAUCCUAGUCUUCAGGAUAUGGUGCACUUAUCACAGAUUCCCAACAACCUAGGCAAUGAUUUGGACUUUUUAGGUCCAUUGAUGCCACAAGACAUGGUUAAAGGCAUUGCAGAAGGUGAUCUUGAUCCAUUUACUAAAAUUCCAUUCAAGGAGAUUGUUCGUGGCGGACUUGUGCUUGAUAAAACAUACCUGCUCAAAAAUUUUAAAUCUGAUUGUGAAAGGAGAAAGCUAGACUUACCUGCACAGAAGAACGUCCUUACCAAUUACUUCUGCUCUGCAUCUCUUGAAGCAAAAAGAAAAUUUAAGGCUCCGCGUAUCAAGUCCAAGCAUUUAGAUUCAAUGGAAGAAUCUUCUCCUAGCUCUGGAGAACAUGCUUCUGACAGUCCUCUUGCUUUAACAUUAAGCUGCUCUUCAGAAUCCAAUUGCGAUUCAGAAAACUUAAACAGUACCCUUCCUGCAAAAGAUUCUGUGGAAGAAGGUUUUGCCAUUAAUGAUAACCAGUUGGCAUCUCCAAAUCAUGUGGGAUUAAACAAUGAGAAAGAUGUGGUGGGCGAUAGAACUUCAGGUCUUACUGUGUCUUUGCAACAAUCCAGACUUUCUAUAUGUAAGCCUUGUGUAGCUCACAAGGAACAAGAUUGUAAGCCUACUUCUGCAGUUGAAGGGAAAACAAGAUUGGUUAGCAAAAAGGUCAUUGUGAGGAGUUCUUAUUUUCAGCACAAAAUAACGAAUGAGAAUGAUGUUGCUGAUAAAAAUGUGAAGUUCUUUGUCGGGGACAAGCACAAUGGUGUUAACUAUGACAAUAGGUCAUGUGGCAGUGUCUCAUCUGGAUAUAAUUGCCUUCAAGGUGCCAAUAGCAAAAGGAAAUCCUUUCCUAUUGACAGUGCUGAAACUGAAUCUGUUGAAGUGAAGUACGCUGAGCAUCAUGCAUCACUUCCCAGGAAAAGUGAUUCCAUUACUGGUUUUUCCAGUAAAUUUAUGAAGGUGGACAGUGAAAGGAAAUUUGGAUGCAACAUUUCCCAUUUAAGCGAUUAUUCUGAUAUAGCAGAGAAAUCAGUGGAAAAGUUCGUCUCAGUCAUGUCAUCAUUCACAUGCACAUCAUCUGGUUCUCGUGCCAGUGGUCUCCGUGCCCCUUUCAGAGAUGUGCAGAACACAUGUGCACCAAGGUCAACCACUGCGCCCAAGGAUUUAAGCAAAUUUUCAUAUGUGCCCAAAAAUCAGCAGACUGCGUCAGCAUCUCACAGAAACUAAGUUUGAUUUGCAUUAUUCUCUUUCAUUGAAGGUCAACCAUUGCACACAAGGAUUUAAGCAGAUAUUCGUAUGCACACAAAAUCAGAAGACUGCCUCAGCAUCUACAGAAACUGAGUUUCGUUUGUAUUUAAACCAUCAGUUCCGGAUGGUUCCCAGGUCUACCUUGUAUUGGUGGUCUGAUUACUUUUGUUUGCCUGGUUAUCAUUAUUCAUGUUUCUAUUUUCCUUUGGCUGUUCAUGAUGAAAGAUUUCAUAUUGGAUGGAUCAGACGAAAAACUGUUAUCUGAUUGUGAUAUGUUCAUGUCAUAUCACUGACACGAUUUAAGAUGUAAGCAUAUGGUCUUUCUCCUCACUUACCUUUGUUUUUCUCUGUUCAUGAGAAGUUGUUUUCUUCUGACUGUUGUAAAUGAGUGGUAUUCUGUAUUUUAACAGAAUGGAUCUAUUUCUCUUUCAGAUCUGGAAAUCAUUUGGGUCAUCAUCCAUGAGCACUGUAAUUGUAUUUUGGAAAGGUUGUCUCUGGCCGUCUCAUCAUUGAAGUACUCUGUAUGUUUAUAAUUUGGAAGGUUUUUUUGAU